CCCAAAGCAGAAAGUAAACCACAUCAGGUUUCUUGAGUACAUCCGACAUUUCCUCUGGUCAGAUAUCCUUUUGUACGAAACUUUGAAGUAUGGCUAAACGCGAGUAUGAAGAGGAGCGAACGGAGCACAGGCUGAAGAAGAAGUCUAGAAAAGAAAAGAAUGCUGUGAAGGUUGCAGAAAAAUCUGAGGAUGUCGCAGGGCACGAACAGAAAUACGUCGAGUCGCGCGCAUUGAGUGAUUUGCCAGAAUCAGACAUAGAGCGCUUCCUUACUGAGAACACAAUCAAAGUGACCGACACCUUGAAAGAUGCUGCAAACCUUCGGCCUAUCAUGUCCUUCUCCCAUCUUCCUCCAUGCGACGGCAAACUCUACGAUCCCCUUGGUUCUUUCACCUCUCCGACUGCCAUUCAAUCGACAACUUGGCCCCUGCUAUUCGCUGGUCGCGAUGUGAUUGGUAUCGCUGAGACUGGUAGUGGUAAGACCCUCGCUUUCGGAUUGCCGUGCCUCAAGAAGUUGCAAGAUUCGAAAAGGAAAUCCAACAAAAGGCCUGCUCAACCCAUGGCAGUCAUGAUUUCACCAACUAGGGAGUUGGCCAAACAGAUUCAUGACCAGCUUGUGAAGUUUGCGAAACCACUGGGCGUGGAAGUAACUUGCAUCUUUGGCGGAGUCCCAAAGGAUGAACAACGCGAAGCUCUGAAGACUGCACCUAUUGUUGUCGCAACCCCUGGUAGAUUGAAGGAUCUCCAAAAUGACGGCUCGGUCGAUCUCUCAAAGGUCAAGUACCUUGUUCUGGAUGAAGCCGAUCGUAUGUUGGACAAGGGGUUUGAACAAGAUAUCAAGGACAUCAUUCUUCCCAUGUCAACGUCAAAACGGCAAACUGUCAUGUUCACAGCAACAUGGCCUCCAGUUGUUAGAAAUCUUGCUACCACCUUCAUGAAAACGCCUGUUACUGUUACCAUCGGCGGAGAUCCAUCUGCUGACCCUCGUGCGAAUACGAGAAUCAAACAGGAGGUUGAGGUCAUACAACCACAUGAGAAAGAGCCAAGGCUCGUACAGCUACUUAAUCAAAGCCAAAGGGCUCCCAAACCCCCGAAAGUCCUGGUCUUCUGUCUGUAUAAGAAGGAAGCUGUUCGCGUUGAGAGGCUUCUACGGAAUAAGGGUUUCAAGGUUGCAGGUAUACAUGGCGACCUCAGCCAGCAAGAGCGAUUUAAAAGCCUAGACGCUUUUAAGAGUGGUACUGCUACCGUCCUUGUCGCCACCGAUGUCGCAGCUCGUGGACUCGAUAUCCCUGCUGUCAAACUUGUCAUCAACGUCACAUUUCCGCUUACGGUCGAAGACUAUGUACAUCGAAUCGGACGAACCGGUCGUGCGGGGGCUGAGGGCCAUGCAAUUACCCUGUUCACUGAGUUGGAUAAGGCUCAAUCUGGAGGGUUGAUCAACGUGCUCAAAGCAGCCAAGCAGGAUGUGCCAGAAUCCCUUCUCAAGUUCGGCUCGACGGUCAAGAAGAAGCAACAUGACGCCUAUGGUGCGUUUUUCAAGGACGUUGACUCGAGCAAAGCAGCAACCAAGAUUGUCUUUGAUGAUUGAAGAUGAGUCAUUUAACUUCGCUUGUACUUGCCUCUAGAUCUCAAAAUCUCUUUGGCUUUGAUGCAUUGUGCUAGGAAGUAUUUUCUCUCAACAAACAAC